AUAAUUUGACAAAGAAGAAGAAAGUAAAAGUAGAAAGUAAGUCAGCCGACCGAGGCCAAGGGCCAGAGGAAUUAAGAAGUAGCGGAGGUUCAAGUUCAAGGGUCGAGAGAGUUUUAUAGGGUCUGACAGUAUGCCUAAGUCAAGGUUUUAUGUUGGAGUAGAUGUGGGAACGUCAAGCGUCAGGGCUGCAGUGGUUGAUGACCAGGGAACUGUUCUUGGUAGCAGCGUCAAAGCCAUCAGAAUCUGGAAUGAUCAGCCAGACUUUUAUGAACAGUCAUCAGAAAAUAUAUGGAGUUGCAUCAUUUCUGCUGUUCGAGACGUCAUGAAAGAGUGCAAAGUUGACCAAGCAAAUAUCAAAGGAAUUGGUUUUGAUGCAACAUGCUCCAUGGUUGUCCUUGAUGCAAAUUUUCAACCCCUUUCAGUUUCUCCCAAUGGGGAAAGACAGCAGAACAUCAUCAUGUGGAUGGAUCAUCGAGCUAAGAAGGAAGCAGAGUUCAUCAACUCUACCAAACAUCCUGUGCUAGAUUCCGUUGGUGGAGUUAUGUCACUGGAAAUGCAGACCCCUAAAUUAAUGUGGAUUAAAAAGCAUCUUGCUCAGACAUGGGCUGAAGCUGCUCACUUUUUUGAUUUGCCUGACUUCCUUACUUGGAGAGCUACAAAUAGCUUGAGUAGGUCUUUGUGUUCCUUGGUGUGCAAGUGGAGCUAUCAGGCCGACAACACAGGGAGAACGUCCUGGGAUGAUGACUUCUUAGGAAAACUUGGUCUAGAGGAGCUGAAAGAGAAUUGUUACAGCAAACUGGGGCAAGUUGUCUUAGCAGCAGGCUGUCCAUGUGGCCAGGGCCUCUCUCAGACUGCAGCUGAUGAACUCGGCCUCAGAGUGGGCAUACCAGUUGGGACAUCACUCAUUGAUGCUCAUGCCGGAGCUCUCGCAUGUGUCAGUUGCUCUUCAAGCAAAAGUCAACUUCCGGACUUGGACCAGCGUUUGGUUGUGAUUGCUGGAACUUCUACAUGUCACAUUAUUUGCAGCUCCUGCCGUGUGUCUGUGCCAGGAGUCUGGGGCCCGUACUUCUCGGCCAUGGUGCCUGGUAUGUGGGUCAACGAAGGAGGGCAGAGUGCCACCGGCAAGCUUAUUGACUUUGUAGUUGAAGGCCAUCCUGCUUAUAACACGGUCAGAUCAAAAGCUGAACAAAAAGGCAUGCACGUGUCCGACUAUCUGAAUGACCUGCUUGCUCAACUGGUUGUCAAACGGGGCUGUCCUAGCAUUGCUCAACUGACCCAAGAUAUCCAUAUGUGGCCGGAUUUUCAUGGGAAUCGCUCACCUGUGGCUGAUCCUAAGCUCAGGGGAAUGAUGAGUGGUCUGAGUCUGUCGGCCAACGAUGAGGAUCUGGCUCUGCUGUACCUGGCAACUGUGCAAGCGUUGGCAUACGGUACUCGUCAUAUCAUCUCAGAGAUGGAGAGGAGUGGCCACACAGUGUCCGUGGUGUACAUGUGUGGAGGACUGAGGAAGAACAAGCUGUAUGUGCAAACUCAUACGGAUAUCUUAGGUGUUCCUGUUGUCCUUCCAGACAGCGAGGAAUCCGUGUUACUCGGUGCUGCUAUGCUGGGGGCAUGUGCCUCCGGAGAUUUCCCCAAUAUACAGGCAGUCAUGGCAGCAAUGGGAGGCUGUGGAGAAGUGAUUGAUCCUGAUACUUCAGUCUCUGGAUAUCACAAAAGGAAGUAUGAAGUUUUUCUGGAAAUGCUGAAGGAUCAGAAUAAAUAUUCUGACAUCAUGGCCAGUUCAUAACUAAUGAACUACCUGUAUCAAGGGUAUUGCAUUUCUUCAGAAGACUUGAGCUGUCAAUCUUAAACGCAUUAUUAUCAACCAUUGUUGCUAUUAUUACCUAUAUAUAUCUACGGGAUACAACAUUGUCUUUUUGCAUCAACAAACUGCAUGCAGAGUGUAGUGUGAACUCGUCAAAUCUAAAAUGGGCCAUCUCCGUUCUUUUUUCUAUCUAGGGUUAGCCCAAUUGUCCUUACGACCAUAUUCAAUAGUUUUUGUCGAUCGGGAAGAAAUAUUGUACCAUAAUUUCAAAGUGCAAGCGUUGGUGUGAACAAUUCACUGGCCCUUGUCGUUAGAAGAAUGAUUCUCUCGUCCAAGUGUUUGGUGUGAACACGAGGUAAGCUGGCGGUGAGGGAAUUAAUGUAGGCUACCAAGAACUCGGCAAGUUUUGAUGGUAUACACCUUUUUGUGCUGAAUUACAUUUACAUACGUGUUCUUGUUUGUAAUGCAAAAAAUACUUACAAUUACAAGUAUGAGAAAUAAAAUGUUGAUGUGCAUGUACUGAGACUAAGAUGCAUAUAUUAUGCAGAAAUUGAUUUAUAUGUAAGCCAGACCAAUCUACCGCAACUAUUUUAAUUUAUGACAAGGUUUUUGUUCUGAUGUAAAUAUUCGGACAAGCAAUUGAAUAAAUGUACUACUGUUUAUCAGUAUGAUAAAUUAAA